GAAGACAUUGAUAGUUUUCACGCAUGUAGCCAAUCAGCUCAAAGAAUCAGAAGAAGUAUACAAAUAUUUCAUCUUUACACAAGAAUUUGGGACGAAGUAGCUUUACGAGAAUUCAUCAGACAAUGGAGACGCAGAGCUUCAAAGAAUACCAAAGACUUUUUGAUUGGUGCUAUUGGUGUUACAAUGUUCAAUUGGGAAACAGAAAAAAUACCUGAUCAAGAAAUGUACAGUUACAGUAGAGAAAUAGAAAGUAUACACAAACUCCGUAAUUUAACAGUACUCUGUCCAAAAUGUAAUUUAAGAUUAGUUGUUGACAUUAAUCAACCAAGUAUUCAAUAUUGUCAAUGUACUAAACCACAACGUGCCAUUGAGAGAGCUCAACAAGAAGGUAUAGAAUGGGAACCUUUCUUAGAACGUAAUGAUAUGUUAAUGUGGCGAAGGAUGGAAAAAGACAAUGGAGGAUUAUAUGCUUAUAAAAUACAUGCAACUUAUGAUGAUGUUUCUGCUGAAGAUUUUUUGCAAGUCCAAAUAGAUAUUGAUUAUCGUAAAAAAUGGGAUGAUACUGCUAAACAACUAGAAAUCAUAGAUACAGAACCAUCAACCAAUGAACCUAUCGAAGGUUGCAGUGAUAUAAUUUACUGGGAAAUGAUUUGGCCAAGAAUGUUUGCAAAUAGAGACUAUGUGUAUCAACGAAGGUGGAUGUAUGAUAAAAAUACUGGCAUGAUCAUAAUUGUUAGCAAAGGCAUGGAUCAUCCAAAUGCUCCAAAUAGACCAGAUACAUAUAGGGUGAAAAAGUAUUGGUCUUACAUGGUUAUAAAACCUCUUAAAAGUUUCCAUGAACCAGGCAUUGAAUUUGGAUUAACAUAUUUUGAUGACCCAGGUGUUAAUAUGCCAUCAGCCUUGACAUCCUGGGUUGCAAUGUCAGGUUUACCAGAUUAUUUAUGUAAAAUGAGGCAAGCUUCAAAAGAUUAUAAAAGUUAUAAAACAUUGAUACAAGAAUCUGAAAAAUCAGUGUCAACACCAUUUAUAAUUAUAAGUAAAGAAUUUAGUUCAAAUGAAAAUGCUGAUAGUAUUGAUGAAAAUAAAAGCAAAGAAAGACAGAUAGAGAACAAUGAAAAAGUUUCAAGUUCUACAGGGAUAACAAAUACAAAAGACUCUGAAGAUGACCCCUCAGAAAAAAUUGUUAUUCAAGUAGAUGAGCUAGCAGAUGAUAGUGUAGAAGAAAAGAAAGAAGACAGUAAUGAGGGUGAUCCUCUUCAAGACGUAGAGUCAGGAUUUUUAGAUUACAUUUAUUUAGCUAAGUUAUUUGCAUAACAGAAAUUCCGAUAA